GGACAGAAUUGAAUAUAAAAAGUUUUGUUGAGGUCAGUUAUGUAAUUUUCGUACAGUAUUUCAAGUUUCAACAGCAAUGGUUGUUGGGUCUUCCUCACCUCUACGCACCUCCACCUUCUCUUUAACACCCAUUUAGAAACACACAACGACACCGACCCAGAAACCCAAGAGACCAGACCUCCAUGCUUUGAGCAUGCAGAGGUUUCUCUGAAAAUAUUUGGGUGUUCCAUUUUUCCUAAGGAGCGUGGAAUUUUUGGAUCUGAAUUUGGGUCAAACAAGUGAGUUGACUUCAUUGACUUGGAAUUGGUAAUGAGUCAUGUAUUGAUUUAGCUAUUGGGUUUGGUUAGAGUGAAGAGAAGUACAAUGUCUUGGAAGAGCAGAGGAGCCGAGUCAGCUUCAAAGAGUGCAGUGUCUCGGAAAUGGACCAUUUUGUUUUGUAUUGGUUGCUUUUGUGCUGGGAUGCUCUUCUCUGAUAGCAGAAUGUGGUCAGUGCCUGAAAUUAAAGGCAUAGCGAGGACGGAAAGGCAUGAAGAAGAAACGCUGCAGUUAGUUUCUGGCUGUGAUCCAACAAUUGAUGUAGAACAUGAACAGAAGGAUGUUUAUGGGGAAGUUUCAAAGACUCAUCAUGCUAUACACACACUGGAUAAAAAAAUUUCAAAUUUGGAGAUGGAAUUAGCUGCUGCAAGGGCUGCACAGGAAUCUAUCCUUAAUGGUUCACCUAUUGCAGAAAAUUUAAAAAUUCCGGAGACAAGAAAGAAAAGAAAAUAUCUGAUGGUCGUAGGAAUAAAUACUGCUUUUAGCAGUCGAAAGCGCAGAGAUUCAGUUCGUGCUACUUGGAUGCCUCAAGGCAAUAAAAGAAAGAAGCUUGAGGAAGAAAAGGGCAUUGUAAUUCGCUUUGUAAUAGGUCACAGUGCUACAUCAGGUGGUAUCCUUGAUAGAGCUGUUGAAGCAGAGGACAAAAAACAUGGUGACAUUUUGCGGCUGGAUCAUGUUGAGGGCUAUCUUGAAUUGUCAGCAAAGACGAAGAUAUUUUUUGCCACUGCUGUUGCUUCAUGGGAUGCAGAUUUCUACGUCAAAGUUGAUGAUGAUGUACAUGUAAAUAUAGGAACACUUGGAGCAACUUUAGCUAGACAUAGAUCAAACCCCAGGGUGUAUAUUGGAUGCAUGAAAUCUGGUCCAGUCCUUGCUCGAAAGGGAGUGAGAUAUCAUGAGCCCGAGUAUUGGAAAUUUGGCGAGGAAGGGAACAAAUAUUUCCGUCAUGCCACAGGACAGCUCUAUGCUAUCUCAAAAGACUUGGCUACUUACAUAUCAAUCAACCAGCAUGUGCUACACAAGUACGCCAAUGAGGAUGUUUCUCUGGGGUCGUGGUUCAUUGGAUUGGAUGUGGAGCAGAUUGAUGACCGAAGAUUAUGUUGUGGAACACCACCUGAUUGUGAAUGGAAGGCUCAGGCAGGCAAUGUCUGUGUUGCUUCAUUCGAUUGGAGUUGCAGUGGAAUCUGCAAGUCUUCCGAGAGGAUCAAGGAGGUCCAUCGGCGCUGUGGAGAAGGUGAGAAUGCUUUGUGGAAUGCAGUUUUCUAACCGGCAACUUUCUUCCUAACUCAGGAGGAACAUGUAAAUGGCUUGAGCUUGUAUCAUAAAGUUCCACACAGAAAAAUGUUUGUAACACGAUAUGUAAAAUGAGAUGCAUAGCGAGAUGGGUUGGCACCCUGCUGGGGAAGUUGCUUUUCCAUUUCUGGGAUUCUACUCCAUUUUAGAAGAGGAGAGAACCCCAAUAACAAACUUAAAAGAGGCAAGAGAUUAUAGUUAAUUCAUUCUUUGAGUGCUUCCAGGGCCAUUUGUAAGUCUUCCAUGGCUAAUGGAGCUCCACAAUAAGUGCCAAUGUCCUGCUGCCUUCUACUUUAUAAAUUAGUGCAUUGCAGUUGAACUUUUUGUGGGUUUUAUACCCUUUCCAUGAUAGUAGAAGAAAUGAGGAUGGAUAUUUAUUUUU